AGCCAAAAUGAAAUAUUUAAUUUUGAAAAUAAUAAAACCUACAUUAAAUUCAGUUAUAAUUUUUCUGGGGGGGGGGCACUGGAGUCCUCGUAGAGUUGAAGGCCAGACGGGGAAGGAAGAACAAAGCGGGAGACUACAUGCUUGCAAGCAAAGUGUUCCUCAAAAACACAAAAGCAAAGGAUAAAAACCAACAAAAUUAAUAAACAAAUAAAUAAAUAAAUAAAUAAAAAAAGCAAAAGAGAAGUUGAAUUCAUUCUGAUUUUGUUUUUCCCUUUUAAUUGUUUACCGUUUACUCGAUCUCACCCCCUUUCGAUCCGCCUCGACUCUCUUCCUCGAUUGCUCCGAUCAUCGCCCUAUGGACGACGAGGUUGUUCAGCGAGUUUUCCAAGAGGGAGGACGCGAUUUCUUCCAGCAGCAGCCUUCUACUUCAUCCUCAUCCUCUUCUUCGAUUCUCCAAUCUCUUCCUCUUCAUGUGGCCUUCGAUCAUGGCUAUUACCUGUUGGUUAAGUCGAUUCAAGAACUCAGAGAGAAGAAGGACGGCAUUGUUACGGUUGGUAUAGGUGGACCUAGCGGCUCCGGUAAAACUAGCUUGGCAGAGAAAGUUGCAUCUGUGAUUGGAUGUCCUGUGAUCGCCAUGGAGGAUUACCGUGACAGUGUGGACGAUGGAAAUGAAUUGGAAACGUUAGAUUUUGAUGCGUUAGUCCAGAAUCUGGAGGAUUUGAUCAAAGGGAAAGAUACUCUUGUUCCGGUGUUUGAUUUCCAGCAGAAGAGGUGUGUUGACACGAAGAUGGUGAAGGCAUCAUCUGGAGUGGUGAUUGUUGAUGGGACGUAUGCCCUUCAUGCUAGAUUGCGCUCCUUGUUGGAUAUUCGGGUUGCAGUGGUUGGUGGCGUUCACUUUAGCCUCCUCUCUAAAGUCCGUUAUGAUAUUGGGGAUUCGUGUUCGCUUGAUUAUCUUAUCGACAGCAUCUUCCCAUUGUUUAGAAAGCAUAUUGAGCCAGAUCUUCAUCAUGCGCAGAUCAGAAUCAACAACAGUUUUGUUUCAUCAUUUCGGGAAGCCAUAUACAAACUGAAAUGCAAAAGUGAGAUAGUAACUUCUUUUGCUCAAGGAAGUGAAGUCCAGAAGGAUAAUUUUAUUGAGAUGUACCUCAGACCUCCUUCUGCAAACGAAGAGGCGCGUAUAAAUGACUGGAUAAAAGUUCGUCAAGCUGGUAUACGGUACUACCUCUCGCUUGGGGACCAAAGAAUUGUCGACAAGCAUUUCAUCAUCCGGCCGAAAGCUGAGUUUGAGCAGGUUGGUCGGAUGACACUUGGAGGAUUGCUAGCUUUGGGCUACAAUGUUGUAGUGAGUUAUAAGCGAGCUUCAACUGCUGUGAGCUAUGGUAAUUUAUCCCUGUCACGUGAAACGAUUGAUACUCUUGGAGAGACUUUCCUGGUACUGAGAGGGACAGACAGGAAGAGUGUGGGAGCUGAAGCUCUGAGAAUGGGUAUUAGUGGGCCAUGGAUCACCAAGUCAUACCUGGAACUGAUCCUUGAAAGUAAAGGUGUCCCACGCUUGAAUACACCUCCACUUUUGCAACAGUCUCCUGUAACCGUUAACCAGGAGAAGCAAAUUGUUGCACCAAAACCGAUCCGAACUACCCCAAACAUUGUCACCCGCCUUGAGGAUUUAUCGCAGCCUUGGACCCGAUCUCCGACCAAAUCUCAAAUGGAACCAAUGGUUGCAACUUGGCAUUUCACCUCUUUUGAUGCACCUCAUUCAGUAAGCUCUGGUGUAGAUUCCUCUUUCAGGGAUAAUAUACGACUUGUUCCUAUGCCUGAUUCAUACGACUUGGAUAGAGGGUUACUUCUUUCCGUUCAAGCAAUACAGGCGCUGUUGGAAAAUAAAGGACCACCUGUUAUUGUAGGAAUAGGCGGUCCUAGUGGAUCUGGUAAGACUAGCUUGGCCCAUAAAAUGGCUAAUAUAGUUGGAUGUGAAGUGGUUUCCCUUGAAAGUUACUUCAAGUCUGAGCAAGUCAAAGAUUUCAAGCAUGAUGACUUUAGUUCCCUUGACCUGCCUUUGCUCUCAAAGAACAUUGCUGACAUAACGAACAGUCGAAGAACAAAACUGCCUGUAUUUGACCUGGAGACUGGUACUAGAUGUGGCUUUAAGGAACUUGAAGUUUCUGAAGAAUGUGGUGUGAUCAUCUUCGAGGGGGUUUAUGCGCUGCAUCCAGAAAUCAGACAAUCUUUGGACCUUUGGGUUGCUGUUGUGGGAGGUGUUCAUUCACAUCUUAUUUCCAGAGUCCAGAGGGAUAAGAGCCGAGUCGGGUGUUUCAUGUCUCAAAAUGAAAUAAUGAUGACCGUAUUUCCAAUGUUCCAGCAACAUAUUGAGCCACAUCUAGUGCAUGCACACGUCAAGAUUCGAAAUGAUUUUGAUCCAGUUUUCUCUCCCGAGAGCUCUUUGUUUGUUUUGAAAAGCAAUAAACAGGUUCCAUAUCAGGAUAUUCUCAGUAUCCUUGAUUCCACAAAAUUCUGCAGCUCCGUUCAGAAUUUUAUCGAUAUAUAUUUCAGGCUAUCUGGGCUUCCCGCCAAUGGGCAGCUGUCAGAUAGUGACUGCAUACGCGUUAGAAUCUGCGAGGGCAGGUUUGCUGUGCUUAUACGUGAGCCAAUUAGGGAAGGGAACUUCAUCGUCCAGCCCAAAGUAGAUUUUGACAUUAGCGUAAGUACUGUGGCUGGUCUUCUUAAUCUCGGGUAUCAAGCAGUGGCGUAUAUCGAAGCCUCUGCCUUUAUUUACCAAGACGGAAAGAUUCUGAUUGAGGUUGAUCAUCUCCAAGAUGUGCCAAGUCCAUACAUACAGAUCAAAGGCGUAAACAAAAAAGCUGUGACUGCUGCUGGUUCAGCUCUCAAACUGGAUGGUUCAUACACAACAAAGAGUUACCUUCAAAUAGUUUUGGAAAGACUACCACCAGUUCAGAGAAGUUCAAGUGGAAUCCAUACACAACAAGCAGCGCGGUUGCAAGAACUUGUGGAAUUCAUACAGUCUCAGGGAAGUAGUAACAGUGCGUCGGAAGCGUCACCAAGAAGAGAUGGUUCUUCCAUAGACAACGUUUUGGACGAUAUGCAGUCAAGAAUAAAACGACUCGAACGUUGGCACACCAUCAAUACGGUACUAUGGACAUUCUUGAUGUCUGCGCUCGUUGGUUAUUCUCUCUACCAAAGGAAGCGCCAGUAAUCUUAAAUCCGUUCUUAUUUAAUUUGCUUUUUCCAAUAAUCUAAUCACAGAAAAAAGAAGAAAGGUUACAUGCUAACCUGUGUGAAUUGUCAAUAUAUAUACAAGCUCCCACUUUUAUUUUAUUUUUCUCUUUGUGGUUUAUUCAGUCUUCGAACAUUGUAAUAAUUAUUGUUAUGCUAUUAAAUCAAAGAAAAAAGAUGGAAGUUUUUCCCC